AUGGGUCUUAGUGGAAAGCUUUCAGUGGAAUUGGAGAUCAAAUCCUCUCCAGAUAAGUAUUUUCAAGGUUGGAUUGAUCAUAAGACCCUAUUUUCCAAUGCUCUUGGUGAUGACCAUAAGUCUGACAUACAUGAAGGAGAUGGAAAGAGCUUGAACUCCAUCAAUUCCUACUGCUAUGUCUUAGAUGGGGUUAACGAUGUCACUACCUGCAAAGCAAAGGUGGAAGCCAUGGAUGUAAGGAACAAAUCAAUCACUUUCAAUUUAUUUGAUGGACAUGUUGGAGAGCUUUACAGCAAGUACAAGCUGAAUGCGCAUAUCUUUACAAAGGAUGGCAAGAACUUUGUGAAAUGCACCAUAGAAUAUGAAAAACUAAGUGAGGAGGUCCCUGAACCUAUUAACUAUUUGGAUCUUAAAACCAGGUUCUGUAAGGGUUUGGAUGCACAUCUUCUUCAAGCUUAG